UGUCCUCUGAUGGACGAUCUUUCUUGAAUCUCUGGUUCAUUCCUCACCCGUCAGAAGUCCUAUCGCUCUUCAGAAUGCUACCAGAGAAGACUGCGUACAGAGCCCUGAAGCAAACCCUUCAACUUGUGGCAACUUUUCACGACAUUAUUUCAUACGUUUUCAGCUUUGUUCAGCUAGGAAGUCCACCAGACUGCUUUGAUUACUUCUGUCCUUCUGACCAUCUCAGCGCAGACUGGGGAGGAACUGAAUGGAUUGGAAAUGAGCUUCAAGAACUACAGAAGAAAAUAGAUUAUCUCCACAACCCUACAGAUCCUAAGAAAGUUACUCAGAUGCUGAGCAUUCACAGAGAACUUCUGUUUCUGCAGUUUGAUGCAGCAGUUCGACAUUCAAUGCGAGAAGCCUUUUUAUCCUCUGGGAAUAUUUGUGCCUAUCAGAGUAUUACGGACAACAUUUACCAUGGAUUGCCUCCUCUAAGUAAUGCCAUAGUUGGAAAUCUCUUUGCUUCCCAGUUCCAGCUGCCACAGCCAUUAGAUCCACAUGGUCGCAGAGUGAGUAAAAUUGAUUUUUAA